AUGUCCGAGUCAAGUCUCCCCAUCCGCUCCUCCCCUUCGCAAGCCACACCCAUCCCCGACGACGACCAUGAGGCCGACCUGCCCCUCACCAUGACCGCCUCGGUCGUCCUUACCUCUCUCCCCCGCGACGCAACCGCGGCACUAAAAGACGCUGGAGCUUUCGACAAACCAAAAGUAACGGUGCGCUUCAAGGCCAUCGGGUCCGCGCCUAUCCUCAAGCAGCCGGUCUGCCGCAUCAAUGCGACGCAGCGCUUUGAGGCUGUAGUUGCGUAUCUUAGGCGGGUAGUGAAGUGUGGGCCGCAGGAUAGUGUGUUUUUGUAUGUGAAUAAUACGUUUGCGCCUUCGUUGGAUGAGAUUGUUGGGAACCUGCAUAGGUGCUUUCGGAAUCAAACGGAUGACCAGCUUAUUGUUUCCUACUCGAUGACACCGGCUUUUGGUUGA